CCAUCCCUAUCCAAAUUUGGAAAGGGCUCCUAAGGAAGAAUCAUUUUACGAUCCGAAUGAAUCAAAAUACAUUGCAUUUCCAUUUGGUCUCAGCGAAAGGCCUCAAGUUGAUUUAUCCGUUAUUAUUCCAGCGUAUAACGAAUCCGUAAGAUUGCCCAUUAUGAUUGGCGACGCCCUAGACUAUCUCAGCACAAGAGAAAGUCGUGGUAAUUUCACAUACGAAGUUAUAAUAAUUGAUGAUGGAAGUACAGAUGGCACCUCUCAGGUCGCCUUGAAAUAUUCCCAAAAGUUUACAACCGACGUUUUUCGAGUACUAACCUUGCACAAAAACAGAGGAAAGGGUGCUGCUGUCAGAAUCGGCAUGCUUUCUGCUCGGGGCAGGAUUUUGCUCUUUGCGGAUGCUGACGGUGCAACAAAGUUUUCUGAUGUGGAAAAGCUCGAGAAAAAAUUGUCAUCGCUUACUGCCUCCCGUUGGAAUGGAAGUAACGCUGUAAUUUGUGGCUCCCGUGCGCAUCUUGAGUCUGAUGUACUAGCAAAACGACAUCCAUUCAGAAAUUUAUUGAUGUAUUGCUUUCAUUUCGCUGUAUGGAUACUUUGUGUCAAGGGAAUUCGUGAUACUCAAUGCGGAUUCAAGCUUUUUAGUAGAUCGGCUGCUCGUGUAAUUUUUCACAAUCAACAUGUUGAACGUUGGGCUUUCGAUGUUGACGUUCUUUACUUGGCUAACUAUUUCGGAAUAUCCAUCGCUGAAGUUCCUGUUAGUUGGCACGAAGUUGAUGGUUCUAAAUUGGUUCCAGUUCUGUCUUGGUUACAAAUGGCAAAAGAUUUACUUUCCAUUCGUCUUCGCUACGCUCUUGGAGCCUGGAAAAUAGAGCCUGGCCAUCGCAUUGAUUAA